GUAUCUGUUUCAUGUGGAAUACCUGACUUCAGGUCAAGAGAUGGUAUUUAUGCUCGUCUUGCAGUAGACUUCCCUGAUCUUCCAGAUCCUCAAGCAAUGUUUGAUAUUGAAUAUUUCAGAAAAGAUCCAAGACCGUUCUUCAAGUUUGCAAAGAAGAAACAGCAUUGAAGCAUUAUUUGGGGGGAAAAACACACACACAAAAUCCAGCAACUCAGCAUUCAUGAGCAACUCUAUACUAUACCAGUAUGUGCCUGUGCAGUGGAAGGAAAACAAUUUUGGAAAUAUAUCCUGGACAGUUCCAACCAUCUCUAUGUCACAAAUUCAUAGCCUUGUCAGAUAAGGAAGGAAAACUACUUCGCAACUAUACUCAGAAUAUAGAUACCUUGGAACAGGUUGCAGGAAUCCAAAGGAUAAUUCAAUGUCAUGGUUCCUUUGCAACAGCAUCUUGCCUGAUUUGUAAAUAUAAAGUUGACUGUGAAGCUGUACGAGGAGAUAUUUUUAAUCAGGUAGUUCCUCGAUGUCCUAGGUGCCCAGCUGAUGAACCACUUGCUAUCAUGAAACCAGAAAUUGUCUUUUUUGGUGAAAAUUUACCAGAACAGUUUCAUAGAGCCAUGAAGUAUGACAAAGACGAAGUUGAUCUUCUUAUUGUUAUUGGGUCUUCCCUGAAAGUAAGACCAGUAGCACUAAUUCCAAGUUCCAUACCACACGAAGUGCCUCAGAUAUUAAUUAAUAGGGAACCUCUGCCUCAUCUGCAUUUUGAUGUAGAACUUCUUGGAGACUGUGAUGUCAUAAUUAAUGAAUUGUGUCAUAGGUUAGGUGGUGAAUACGCCAAACUUUGCUGUAACCCUGUAAAGCUUUCAGAAAUUACCGAAAAACCUCCACGAACACAAAAAGAGUUGGUCCAUUUAUCAGAGUUACCACCAACACCUCUAAAUAUUUCAGAAGAAUCAAGUUCACCAGAAAGAACUUCACCACCAGAUUCUUCAGUGAUUGUUACACUUUUAAACCAAACAGCAAAGACUAAUGAUGAUUUGGAUGUAUCUGAAUCAAAGAGUUGUGUGGAAGAAAAAUCACAGGAAGUGCAGACUUCUACUAGAAAUGUUGAGUGUGUUAAUGUGGAAAAUCCAGAUUUGAAAGAUGUUGGUUCCAAUACUGGUGAGAAAGGUGAAAGAACUUCAGUUGCUGAGACAGUGAGAAAGUGCUGGCCCAACAGACUUGCAAAAGAACAAAUUAGUAAGCGGCUUGAUGGUAAUCAAUACCUGUUUUUACCACCAAAUCGUUAUAUUUUCCAUGGCGCUGAAGUAUAUUCAGACUCUGAAGAUGACGUCUUAUCCUCUAGUUCUUGUGGCAGUAACAGUGAUAGUGGUACAUGUCAGAGUCCAAGUUUAGAAGAACCCAUGGAAGAUGAAAGUGAAAUUGAAGAAUUCUACAAUGGCCUGGAAGAUGAUGCUGAUGUUCCGGAAAGAGCUGGAGGAACUGGAUUUGCAUCUGAUGGAGGCGAUCGAGAGGCAGUUAAUGAAGCUAUAUCCAUAAAACAGGAAGUAACAGACAUUAACUAUCCAGCAAACAAAUCAUAAUGUAAUAAUUGUCCAGGUACAGGAAUUGUUCCACCAGCAUUAGGAACUUUAGCAUGUCAAAAUGAAUGUUUACUUGUGAACUCAAUAGAGCAAGGAAAACAGAAGGUGUAAUAUUUAUAGACUGGUCAAGUAGAUUGUUUUUUUCAUGGAUAAUUUUUUAACUUCCAUUCCUGUACUUGUACACUCAACACUAACUUUUUAAAGAAGGGUACUAAGUAUCUUUAGUCAGCUGUUGGUCAUGACUUUCUUUUAAAGUUUCAUUUGUAUGAUACAUCUGUAUGUAUGUAUAAUUUUGUUUUUGCCUAGUGAGUUUCAACAUUUUAAAGUUUUCAAAAAGCCAUUGGAAUGUUAAAUUAAUGUAAAGGGAACAGCUUAUCUAGACCAAAGAAUGGUUAUUUCACGCUUUUCUUUGUAACAUUGAAUGGUUUGAAGUCCUCAAAAUAUCUGUUCUGCUGAACUUUUGAUUCUUUAGCACAAUUACCUAUUUUUAAACACUGGCAUUUUCCAAGACUUAUGGCAGCUAACUUUUUUAAAAUUAAAAAUGACAUGCAAUGUAAGUAGAAGGUCAGAAAUAUUUGGGAGAGCACUCAGUUGUCAUUACUUUUUCAAAGUAAGACUUUGGUGCUAAGAGUUUCAGGAAUAUUGUAUUUAUUGUUCAAUUGAAGAUGGCUUUUGUACUUCCUUCAGACAUGUAGUGACGUCUAUAUUGGCUCAUAAAACUAACCUAAAAAAACAACAAAUGAAUGCUUUGGAAAUGUUUCAGUUGCUCUAGAAACAAUAGUGCCUGCCUGGAUUCUCCUUAGUUUUGAAAUAUUUGCCAUUGUUGUUUAAGUACCUAUCACUGUGGUAGAGCUGGCAUUGAUCCUUUUCCACAAGUAUUAAACUGCCAAGAUGUGAAUAUGCAAAGCCUUUCUGAAUCUGUAAUAAUGGUACUUCUACUGGGGAGAGUGUAAUAUUCUGGACUGCUGUUUUUCCAUCAAUGAAGAAACAACAGGUCCCUGAUUACAGUUCCAAAGUAAUAAGAUGUUAAUAACAACUCAGCCAGAAAGUACAUGUUUCCUGUUGGGAGGAUUUGGUGUGACGAAUACCAAACUGCUAGCCUGGUAUUAUGGGGAGGAACCUUUAACUUGUAAUAGAAUAGUUAAUGAAUAAAAAACUAGUUAACAUUAUUUAAAAGCUUAGCCUGCCUUAAAACUAGAGAUCAACUUUUCAACUACAGAAGCUUCUCCUAUUUUAUAAAGUCACAGAAAACAUUUAUUUUCCAGAACUUUUUUUUGAACAUUACCCCCAAAUUAUAUUCUUAUGUUGGUUAGUAUUUAUUACAAUAAAGAGGGUUUGAAACAUAGCUGUUCUUUAUGAAUAAAAUACCCAGCUAGGACCAUUACUGCCAGAAUAGAAAAUUAUAUUGAAUGGCCAUUUCCCUACCUAAAAGAUGUCUCAAUCUGAACUUAUUUGGCUACACUAAAGAAUGCAGUAUAUUUAGUUUUCCAUUUGCAUGAUGUGUUUGUGCUUAUAGAUGAUAUUUUAAAUUGAAAAAUUUGUUUUAAAUUAUUUUUACAGUGAAGACUGUUUUCAGCUCUUUUUAUAUUGUACAUAGUCUUUUAUGUAAUCUACUGGCAUAUGUUUUGUAGACUGUUUAAUGACUGGAUAUCUUCCUCCAACUUUUGAAAUACAAAACCAGUGUUUUAUACUUGUACACUGUUUUAAAGUCUAUUAAAAUCGUCAUUUGACUUUUUUCCUGUUAA